AUGGGCUUCAGGCCCUUGAGGUUCUUCUGGUCGUUGAUUGAGAAGCCGCCUGUAACCAUCCCCGAGAUGCUACAAUGCGCUAACCAGUACAUCGCCGCUAAAGCCCUAAUGGCAGGGAGGAGUGAGGACAACAAGAGGCCGAGGACGGAGCAGGCCCGAGGAGCGACUUCGAUGCCACCAACGCAACCUCACAGGAGGCCCGAUCAGCCCGAGCUGUUACUCCAAAGGUCCCCGCCUUUGCCUCUGAAUACAUUCUGUACUGAAAUCUUUCUCCAGAUCAGGGAGAAGGGUCUCUUAUGCCAACCCAAUCCCCUGAAGGCCACUCAUAAGGACUACUCUAAAUAUUGCAUGUUCCAUCAGGACUACAGCCAUGACACGGAAGACUAUCGCGACCUCCAAAAUCAAAUUGAGGAACUAAUCCGAAGAAGUCACCUUAGGCGCUACCUCAAGGAACUAGGGGAAGCAACUCCACGCCCCAGGGGCCCUGUCGAGAGGCAGAUUGAUAUCAUUAUCGGUGGACCAACUACUGGCGGCAAUAGCUCAAUGGCAAGGAAGGCCUACGCCCACGACACAAUGGAAAAAUGCCCCCGACCCAAGUUCGAGCCCGAAAUCACCUUCGGGACCGAGGAGGUCGAGCGAUCCCACCACGACGAUGCUUUGGUGAUCUCCAUCAGGAUCGCCAACGCUCGGGUCAAAAGGGUAAUGGUCAACACUGGGAGCUCCACCGAUGUGCUAUACCUCGACACCUUCAAGAAGCUCAGCUUAACUAAUGAGGAUUUCACCCCCAUGAACUCGGAGCUCACCGGAUUCAUCGGAGAUUCCAUCUCCCCACUUGGGACCACCACCCUCCCUUUCACCAUUGGGGAAGAGCCAAGAGCCAAGACGAUAAUGGCUACCUUCACGAUAGUCGACCUACGCUCAACCUACAACAUCAUCCUCGGCCGCCCGACCCUCAACAAGCUGAAAGCAGUAGUUUCCACCUACCACCGGACCAUCAAAUUUCCAACUUUGGCAAGGGUUGGGGAAUCCCGAAGUGAUACGAGAGAAUCAAGGCAGUGCUACCUUACGGCGGUUACUCUCCUGGAGAGGUCACGCCCCCAUCAAGCCCCAGAUCCCUGUGAAGAAUGCAUGAUACCAACGCACUUGAAGCCCCCUGAGUAA